AUGCCCACAGUCUCGCCAGGUAGCAAAGUCCUCGUAACAGGCGCGAAUGGUUUCAUUGCCAUUUGGGUAGUCCGCCGACUCCUCGAAGAAGGCUACUCCGUCAGAGGCACAGUGCGGGCUGCCAGUAAGGCUAGCCAUCUGAAGGAUAUCUUCAAGUCUUAUGGGGAGAAGCUGGAGGUGGUCGUUGUUCCAGACUUUACCAAGGAGGGCGCAUUCGACGAAUUAAUUAAAGGAAUGGAUGCGAUACAGCAUAUAGCUUCACCUGGUCCGGCGAAUACCGAUGACCUAUACGAAAUUGUUAACCCGGCGGUCGAUGGGACUCUAAACCUCUUGAAUACCGCCCUCAAACACGGCUCUGGCCUCAAACGCAUCGUCAUCACUUCCGGCGCCGGUGCCAUAAUCGAUACCACAACGGCCUGGAAGUUCUACAACGACCAUAAGAAUGUCAUUAAAUGGGACCUCACUGUCCUGAACCCAGUUUUUGUGUUUGGACCCCCGAUCCACGAAAUCGGCGCUUCACCCAUGACGCUCAACUCGUCCAUGGUGCACUUUUGGGUGAAUGUCAUCUCAACAGACACACCCAAAACCAAGGAGGGUCUGUCUUUCGCGGCGUCAUGGGUGGACGUUCGUGAUGUCGCCCAAGGUCACGUCCUGGCACUGCAGAAGGAGGCCGCUGGAGGAGAAAGGAUCAUCCUUUCGGAAGGCUCGUUCGUUUGGCAAGAUUGGGUCGACGUUGCCAACAAAUUCAAAUCGAAGCGGGAGCUUCCCAAAGGAAUGCCUGAAAUAGAAAGGGUGUACAAGUUCCAAAUGGACGCCUCGAAGGCUACCCGGAUACUGGGAAUCACCUAUAGAUCCAAGGAAGAUACUAUGAAGGAUCUAUUGGAGGACUUUGAAAGGCGGGGCUGGUAG